CCUCUUUAUCCUCAUCUUCAUCUGCCUCCUUUACUUCAUACUUCUUUCGCUUCAAUUUGCUCUUCCACCUUAAUGGCAUUUCUCUGCUUUGGCACUACUUCCAGGCUUUGCACACUCUCUUUAAGUUUUAAAUGAAAGGGCCAACUCUGUUGUGUCAUGUUGUCUCUAUUGCUCGGCUAACUUCCCAGUACACUCAACAAUGCCAUUUCACCGAACUGUGACCACCGCCACGCAUCACUACCACCACCACCACCACCACUAAAUGCUCGUCUUCAGAUCCUGGAGGUAUGAUGCCUCUGGAGUCUUAACAAGUCAUGCCCCAUCUCGUUGUUGCAUUCGCCCCGCUCAUUCGUGGGCCCUUGUCCGCCAGAAGAAGGUUAUUCACAGACAACAUCGCAGAACACAUGCGCUUCUGAUACCCGUGUACGAGGGUAGCGCUCUCCAGCAAUGGGUAACAGCAUUUGACAUUUUUAAAACUUACAACCGGACACGGGGCUUCCAUCCCCGUCUCCGCCCGCCCGGCACACUGCAUCUAACGGUGGGAAUGUUAAACCUGGACACCGAAAGACUCGUAAAGAAAGCAUGUCGAUUCUUCGAGUGCCUCGAUCUCGAUGCCAUCAGACGCUUGGCAGACCAAGAGGCCUUCAGACAGAUCGUGGGCUAUGUCCCUGCAGAACCUUCCCCGCAAGAUAAGCCUUUUACUUCAUCGCCAGCUGGCCCCCCUCAACCACUCACCGUCACCAUUGAAAACCUGGUUGGGGCGCCUUCACCCGAAGCAGCCUAUCAUCUUUACGCAGUUCCUGUUGAUCCUACUCUACGCCUCUACUAUUUCAUGAUUUAUCUUCGCCAACGCUUCAUUCAAGCCGGCUUCGUCUUCGACGAUCAUACCGAGGAGGAUGAUUAUUCUGCCUAUAUGCUGGAACAAGAUCAACCUCCCACAGAGCGGUCGAGCGAGGACGAGCUCACCCCGGCUACGGCCUCAGUGGACGUGACGGAAGACUGCUCGGUCUCUCCUGCUGUGGAAUCUUCCCCCUCUCCUUCCACUUCUCUCAAGAAUCUGUCUGAGGACGUUUCUCGGCCCCUUAAUCCACCAAGCACCAAGUCAUCGCCCCCGGCCAAGGUUAGCCCGAUUUGGAAACCAUCCUACAUCCAUGUCACCGUAGCAAGCAUGUGUUCUCGUUUGAAUGGUGCUUUAUUGCAAAACUCAAUAGACGUGAGGGAUCUUGUCGCCCAUUUUCAGGAUUAUCACCUCGACGAAGAAAGAACAAUGCCGCGCCGCGAACAGAUCACUUCUAAUGUCCUGAAGUCGAAAGCGGACCUUUUUGCUAAGUACUUGGCGGAGGAGGAGAAGAAUGGAGAAGACAGUUUCGAAGGGGAUCGACAUGUAGUGUCGGUUAGCAUGCCUGGGGAACCCGGGGACUCCCAGAACAGCGUACGUCGGACGCUUAAGUCUUUCACUAAGCCAAACCCUUUCGUCUGGGCCAAAAAUAUUCGUCUCGAAACUCUGCAGCUAUGCCCCUUGAUGAGGGAGUUUGACAAGUGUGAUCAAUCAUCCCCAAUCGGGAGAGCGCGGAAAAAGAUGCAUCGGGUUCUUCUCGAAAAAAGCUUGCUGUAGUCAAUAUAAGAAAUGAUGGGGAUGGCGACCUCUGGCACAGCUUUUUACGUGAAAACUGCACACACGUACACCGUGUGUGGUAUCGCUUGUGCUGAAGGGCAUGUAAAAAAGUGCGGCUUUUAAACUGGAGCAGCAUAGGAUGCAACUAAUGUAAACCAAGUCUUCUACAAUUGGACGUAUGAGUCAGGACUCAA